AUGAGGCGAAUCGUCGCGUUUCUACCACUGAUAAUCACCCUAUCGAGCGCCCGCCCCCAGGGCUACGACUACCCCCAACCCUCCACCAACCACUUCACCAGCGGCUCCUCCCUAUCCCCCCACAUCCCCAGCUUCUCCAACAACUUCCCGCAACCCGACUUAUUCCCCGCCUCCCGGCCGUCCCUCAUCACCAAGCACAUCUACGUCCACGUGCCGCCCCCCGACCCCGACGACCACCUCCCGCAGCAGUCCCUCCGCCAGCCCGUCCAGCCGCCGCGACGCAACUACAAGAUCAUCUUCAUCAAGGCGCCGACGGCGGCGCCGGCCGCCUCCCAGCAGGCCCAGCUGCUGGCCCAGCCGCCCGCCGAGGACAAGACCAUCAUCUACGUGCUGGUGAAGAAGCCCGAGGACGCCGCCGAUCUCAGCGAGCUGGCGUCGGCGGCGGCGCCGGCGCCGCCCUCCAAGCCCGAGGUCUACUUCAUCCGGUACAAGACCAAGAAGGGGGACAAUGGAAUUAACGGUAUUAAUGGAUUAGGGGGAAAUGAUAUUGGGUUGAAUGGAUUAGGGGGUAGUGGGUUGGGGGGCGGUUUGUUGGAGGCGGGUUCGAAGCCGGACGGAAGUUACGGCCCCCCGGGGGGUAUUGUGUCUAAUGCAGGUUAUUAA